AUGGGCGAAGAUAAGAAGACCGACGACUAUGCCGUCGACAUGGAUAAGCUGGACCAAGGGAACAAGGAAUUCGAGGCAGCACCACCACCACCGCAGAUUCGCCCGGCUCCUCCCAGCAGCUCGUCUGAUAAUCCCAUCUUUCCUGUGUUGUCGUACUGUGGUUCGUCCAUCUUGAUGACUGUCAUGAACAAGUAUGUUCUGUCAGGUCUGGACUUCAAUCUCAACUUCUUGCUCCUUAUGGUUCAGUCCCUUGUCUGUAUCGCAGCUAUUCAAACUGCCAAAUCUAUGGGUUUCAUUACCUAUCGUGACUUCAGGAGCGAUGAAGCCCGAAAAUGGUUCCCGAUUACUUUGUUGUUGAUCGGCAUGAUCUACACUGGCUCCAAGGCCCUCCAAUUCCUCUCGAUCCCCGUGUACACUAUCUUCAAGAACUUGACCAUCAUUCUUAUCGCAUACGGUGAGGUCUUGUGGUUCGGUGGCUCCGUCUCCGGUAUGACGCUGUUCUCCUUCGGCCUGAUGGUUUUCAGCUCCAUUAUUGCCGCCUGGGCCGAUAUCAAGCACGCUGUGGAGAGCAGCGGUGACACCUCGAGCAAGGUCUCGACCUUGAACGCUGGUUACAUCUGGAUGAUGAUCAACUGCCUUUGCACUUCAUCUUAUGUCCUGUUCAUGCGCAAGCGCAUCAAGUUGACCAACUUCAAGGACUUUGACACCAUGUACUACAACAACUUGCUGUCUGUCCCGGUUUUGAUUGUCGCAACCCUCAUUGCUGAGGACUGGUCAUCCGCCAACUUGGCACGCAACUUCCCCGAGGCCAACCGCAACGGCAUCUACCUGGCCAUGAUUCUGUCUGGUCUGUCAUCCGUCUUCAUUUCCUACACCUCCGCCUGGUGUGUGCGUGUCACCUCAUCUACCACCUACUCCAUGGUCGGUGCCUUGAACAAGCUCCCAAUUGCUGUGUCAGGUCUGAUCUUUUUCGAUGCCCCUGUCACAUUCCCCAGUGUAUCUGCCAUUGGUGUUGGUUUCGUCUCCGGUAUCGUCUAUGCCGUGGCCAAGAUCAAGCAAAGCGCUAAGCCCAAGACUGGCGUUCUGCCCACCUCCAACCCACUUGUCAGUGCCAGCACUCAGAGCAUGCGCGAUUCAUUGCGCUCUUAA